AUGUACUUCCUGGGGCUGCUGCUGUUAAUGCUCUUUCCACCCCUGUCUCUCCAAAGGUCAAAUUCCUCAGAGACCAAGGUUCCCAUGGGGAGAAUGAUCCUUUCUUCCCUGGAGAAAGCCACUUCCUAUUUGGAGAAGAGAUACAGGGAAUUUGAUUUGGAUUCAUUGGUUGGGUUUUUGAUGCUAAAAGCACAACUACAAGGUGUCCUGGAAAAAUGGGUCCAUGACUCUGACCUGCAACCCCUAACCCCAAGUGCUGAAGAGAUACUAAAAAGGCUGUCAUUAAUCAUCCCCAGAGCCAAAGCUUUCCUCAAAAUUGUUGACUUCCAGUACUUAAAAGAAUUCCAAGAGACUCUACAGACAGACUUUUGGAAGCUCCCUCUUUCAUGGAGUCACACAAAUCCCUCUAUGAUCUAUUCCAAGUUUGACAACUCAAGUCAUUUUUCAGUUAAAUCAAGUGAUUCAUGCAUAACACUAUUACUAGGAACCAGGGAGAAGAAUAGACAGACCUGCCAAGUCACAGACUUCUGCAAGGGAAUUAUGACUACACCUGGACAAAGUGGUAAAGAACUGGUAAAACAGCUCUUUUACUUCCUGAUAGCCAAAAUGAAAAAAUGCUCAAGUGGCCUGUUCCUCCAAUCAAAAUACUACAUGGACAUCUUUUGUGCUAACAUGAUGGAACUGAACUUGAAAAGAGAAAAAAAUGGAUUCUCAUUCCAAAAUAAAAGUCUCUUCAUGACAUAUAUCAUGCUCUGUGGAUUUUCUGGAUACUCAGAUUUCUACAAGAUCCGUUGGAUUAAAAUUAUUCUCAACUGGCAGAAUUCUAUGGAAGGAUGCUAUUGGAAGAUAUUUGUCAUUGGAAACAAGCCAUUAAUGAGAGACGAUCACCUUGAAGGUGCAUGUUCUUCUCUGAAUACAGCAGCAGCAGUUGUUUCCUUGGGUGGCUUUCUUUAUUACUUUACAGAUUCUUUGCCAAACAUCAAUAAGCACCAUUAAAUGCCUUACAACAACGAACCAGCAACUGAAAUGUAUGACUCUCUACCUGAUAAUGCUUUUUGUAUUGUGUUCCCUUGGGUCCUGAGUUUGCAUAUGGUUAUAAAGAAAGAGGUCA